GAACGGCCAACGGACCGACGGACCCCCUCACGCAACCAACAACACACAGCGGAGCUUGCAAACACUUCGACUGACCCUGUAGUCUGUCCAGGCGGUGAACGGGUGUAACAAGCACGGGAGAGUCGCCGAGCUUGGCGCCGUGUGUGUGUGCGAACACACUACUCAAAGUGUGCCAGGGUGAUCAUGGCCGAGGAGCUAUGGCGGUACCAGAACGGAACUGAUGCCGAAGACUCUCUGACGGGCUGUUCGCUGGGCCCGGAGAGCGCUUCAAGUGAAACCGCUAUUCUCGCAGGCAGGUGCCGUUUCACCUUGGGAGAUUGGGCGGCAGAAAACGCGGGGGGAUCGGACUGGGUGGCGGUUAAGCUUGACAGCGACGGGAACGAGCUGUGGAGUAUCCAGGGAGGCGGGAGCGGAUACGACAGCGUCACUGCCGUCGCAACCGGGGAAGACGGGUCAAUAUUUUUGGCGCUGGAUGUUCAGACGAGCUCAGCCACCAGCUCGGGGUCAUGGUCGAAUUCUUCGACAACAGGGGGAGAAUCUGCUGCAUUCCAGUUUGAGGUCAUCAAGCUAUCGGGCGACGGUGGUCAGCUGUGGCAGUGGAAGGAUGACGAUACCAACGCUUCCAGACUGGCCGAGGCGAUCGCCGUCGAUCAGCAAGGCGGCGUGCUUGUGGGAGGCCUCGCGUUCGACGACGCCGGGACCGACUUCGCCGCGUGCAAGCUGGAUAGCUCUGGGAACGUCACGUGGAGAUGGCAGGCCACAACGGACGGGCUCGACGCCGUGUCCUCAAUCGCCCCGGCCAACGGCAGCUUUGUCCUUGGCGGCCGAACAACCGGAGACUUCAACGGUACAAGCGCGGGGGGAACAGACUUCGUCGCCGUGAAGCUAGACGACUCGGGGACAGAGGUCUGGCGGUGGCAGGACGGCACCGCCGAGGACGAUUUUGUCGAGGCCGUUGUGCAUUCUGAUGAUGGGUCGGCGGUGCUCGCCGGACACACGUAUGGGAGCUGGAGCUCUGACAACGCAGACGGCAGCUUCAGCAAGGAUUUCGCCGCGGUGAUGCUUUCUUCUGAUGGGAAGGAGAUUUGGCGAUGGCAGGAUGGCACUACUGAAGACGAUACAUUGGAAGGGGCGGCAAUCCAAGGAGAUGGUUCGGUGGUCUUGAGCGGAAAUUCCGGCGGCGGGUUCGUGGCACUAAGGUUAAACGCAAGUGGCACGGAGGUUUGGCGAUGGGAGGGUGGCUCGCAAGGGACCGAGGUCGACAGCGUGAGCUCGUGCGGCUCUGGGUACAAUGGCCGGAUGGUCCUGGCGGGCUUUACGAUUGCCAGCGGCUUCGGAGUUGGGAGCGACGCGCCGACAGUUUUGGAUGCGCCUGACCUUGCGGCUGUCUUCCUCGACACCACAAGGUCCGUGCCGGUGGAAACUGAGCUUGUCCCUAGCGCUGGGUCCACGCCCGUGGUGAUCGCGGUCGUAGCCGGGGUGCUAGCCGUGGCAAUCAUCGGUCUCACCGUCCUGGAGAGGUGGCUCAAGAGGCAUCCGAGGAGGGAAGAUUCCCUGUCCCCGCUGGGUUAGGAUUGUAAGCGGCGGUUGGUCUUGUAUACCCCGAAGCACGGGAUGCCCAACCCGGCGUGGACUUGAGGCGGCAAUGGCUGGCUGGGAAGAUGCCCUUGCUUUGCUCCGAGAGAGCACGUCGGAGAGCCAUCGGAACGAGGGUCUUCUGCCCUCGACCAGGUCGUCGCGGCGUCCGUUUCCGACUGCUGUAGAGGGGACCAGGCGGUGUCCUUGUCAGCGACGCUCUCUGCGCCCGUUUCCGAUUGCGGAGGGGGCCAGGUGGCACCCUUGUCGACGGCGCUCUUAUGCCAAGCCUCCGACAUGCGAUAGGUUGUCGGCGGCAGGCCCAUUGCCAUGUCUCCCGUGUCACAGCAGGGAUGUGUGAGCGUGUGUGCUUUGCGAUAGGAGUUCGCACAGAGAGGAAUAUCCUGCGGAUUUUUCCGUGGCAUUUUGGACUGCCUCGCAGUCCGAAUGCCGCGCACCGUGUGCAUUUGCGCCCAUUCUAGCUAUAAUGCAGCACCUCACGAGCGUACAUUCGUACCCGGGAUAAUAUGGUUCCAAGUUUGAAUAUGCCCGAAGUUUUGUCCAACAUUUUGAAUUGCCGAAAUUGGAGGUGCUUCCGAUUUUUCCUCCAUCCUUUUCACCACUGCAAGAAAGGCGCUUUUGAAGUUUAGUUCACGUACGGCGUCGACUCACGGAAACCGCCAAUGUUCCGCCGCCCAUGACAGAGCAUCGGUACGAUAGCGGUCGGCAUAUCAAAACUGCGGGCAAAGUGUUUCAUUUUUUCCAAGCCGCGUGGUCUGGCGUUGAUGGCGGUAUUGGUGGCAGCAGCCAUAGGGAUGGCUCGUUGGGUUUCAGUGUCCGGCUGGUCGACACAAGCAUUGGCGUCGUUCUUGCUUGGACCUAAUCGUUCGUGAGGCCACGCCCUUGGGGGUGGGAAUUUUCGGGAAUGUUCAUGCCACGACGUAGCGCCGGCUUUCUAUUUUCGGCCAAAGCUGUCUGACGAAUCGGAAUAGGUGUUUCGUAGCGUGCUUGGUGUCACUUUGGCCGGAUGGGCAAGCGCCACCGGUAGAUGCUGUAUUAGUCAAAAUCCCCGGGGGGUCAGCGGGUUUAGGUUUUGUUCUGUUCUCUCUUGUUAAUAUCGUUCCGCGUAUCCAACAGCGGGAUGGCAGAUGAGGAGUGUCUCGAAAAAUCAUUCACUACAGAGGGCGUGCAUGGUUGAUUUGAUACCUUGAAGCACGGGUGAUGUGCUGCUGUACUGAAGCGACGCCGUAGGCAAGCUUUUCGGGCGGGAAGUCCAUGCGCCAUCUGCCCGGGCUGCUCAGGCGCGCGGAAAUCAACCUUGUAUGCAUGGGUGGUUGUGUUUAUUUGUUCUUCGUCGACAGCGCCACAUGAUACCCAACUUGCCAUCGAAACGGUGGCAGGCUCGCGUGCGAAUGUGUGCCUUUCUUAUUAGCAUUGACCGCACGAACCGGUUGACAGUGGAUGUCUGUGUGCCUUUGUGUCUUGUGUGUCUGUUUCACAAGCACCGACCGCGCUUGCCGAUCGACCAGUGACAACGCGUCAUUCUUGAAGUGGAAUAUGUGUUUUGUGUGUGUUGUGUACAGAUCGUGUACGCACACGAACUACUCGUAUCAGCACGCCACCAUAGGUGGUGUUUGCGCGCGAUCGGAGUGCGAUCGGGGUUGCACUCGAAUAGACAUGAAAGCCGAUAUCCGACGCUCUUUGGAGGUAUCGGACCUAGAUGGGAUCGUUCGGAAGAUGACAAAAUUUUGUGCGUAAACGCCGUUAAUAUUGCAGAGCCACAGGGAACGAGGCUGCAUUGUCAUGACGUACAAUAGAGUGCAGCAUUCUGAUGGGAUAGAAUGCGGAAAUUGAGCAUACGAGGUAAUGCGACGUUUGUGGGGCAAGUCGUGUCGGGGUAUCUUCGGAAGGGCUUUCGGCAAAAGAGAAACAAGUGAUGUGGCAGCAUGCUGCGUCUAGUUGCGCGGUCGCACCUGCUCAGUAGGCGCGACUCCCUUUGCAGAGAAUAGCGCACUUGUGCGCCAGAACUAAACAUAUUGUGCCGAAAGCAGCCAGCCUCUUCUGUCGUUUCGCCGUUUAUCGAAAGUUGAAACAUGGGGGAAGAUCCGUAGCAUAGGCAGACGGGGGAUUCACCCGUGUAGGAGCGCAGCAGGCUAUCGGCAGGCCAUUCGAUUUGUUGAACGACCCGAAGGCCUUUGUUCGCUGUUGGAAAAUUAGCUACGUGUCGCUGCUGAAGGGAGUCGUAGUGGGCGGGGUCGCGCGCGAUUUUUGCCAUCGACCAUAAUAUUUGCCUGUCGCCCUCUGUUUUUUGUAUGCUCCCCUCUUUCAUCGGCAUGGUGUCAGUUGCGUUGGCCGGGGCGGUUAGCGAGCCCAUCUUGUUGUAAGCGCAACUGAGGUCCAGAAAAAAAUCAAGUCGUCGUGUCACCGACGGACCAUUCAAUCCCUGUCGUGAGUUUGCGCCUGACCCUCCCUUUUCACUGGGUAGCGUUGUGAAGGAAUCCAGCGGGAUAGGCGAACGUUUCUUCUAAUGAUGCUGUACUUGAUGCUGAAGUUUCUGUGGUCACAAUGCACAAGCGCAACGAUAAGGGCGAACGCCACGUGUAGGGCCGGCCAAAUCGCGUGAAACGCAUUCCGUGCGGUAAUCAAGGUCUGUCUCAUGCCCUCAGUAGUGAAGCGUGCCCGGCUUAACCAGUUUAGCUUCGAGUGACAAAGGCGCAUGCAACUUUGUUGUAGUAUUGCGUGUCUGUCAUCAGCCCAAUAUCUCAGACGUACAGCCCAAGAUCGUGCGCGCUGUAGAGGAUCCGGUGUCCGUGAACGUCAAGCAUGCAUGGGCGUUCGUAUGCCGCUUCUCGGACAAAAAAAAAAGGCGACGUGACGUUCCUUUCCGAUCGCAGAGAGUUAAUAACAACCCAGAUGCCGUUGUCGUCCUGAUGCCUGGUAUUGAUAAACAAAUUGUCAAAAAUCUCCAGGGGAGACUUCUACUGGAUUUCUAAUAACCUGAUCAUCUCAAGAUAUCCUUAAGCUAAACCAAAUACAUACUGGAGUAUUUCAUCGAAGACACGGAAUAUGGCAUGUACGUACUACGACACUCGUUUAUACCGCUACAUGGCGAAAAAUGCACGGAGGAUCUCUUCCUGAGACCAGUGUGCGUCUGCGAACACGAACGAGCGCAGGUGGUCGCCCAGACGCAAGUCAUAACAAUGCAAAGGAACACGCCUCUAACACAAGGGGAAAUCGCGGCGGUGAUGGAUUUGGCCCUGAGCGUGCCUGUGUGACUCAUGCCGUCUCUCGCGCACACAUCCGUACGCCGUGUGUCACAAUGACAACAGUCACGAAUUGUUGUACGAGGGGUUGCAUCUAUCAACCAACCGAAAAAAUAUGCACGGUAGAGUGCUGAAACCUUUUGGCAAGAUGGAGGAAUCAGCACCGCUCGGGGCAUCAUCCCCUCUCGACCGUUGUCGUCCAUCCGCAUCACCAAAGGUUAAAUGUAGACAACAUUCACUUCGCGAAACAACGGGAUGUUCAUGCCCCGUCACAAGGCGGCCCCGCUGCAGCGUAACGUUCAGAAUCUAUACACGACCACAAGAGAGAAUACCUACACGCAUAGCACAGGCGAUGGAAAGUCUAUACACGACAAAACAGCGCAAAAAAUGUUGUAUGCUUGGCACGGAGAGACGCAAAAAGUGCGACAUAUGCAAAACAGUCGAAAAAACAGCCCAAGGCUUAGGCCGGGAAGCCUACUCUCCUCUCCAAAAACCCGAUGGUGGUAGAAUUGACCACUGCCUCUGACAGCCUCAGGGUAUCAUCGCAUCGGUUCUGCGACAGGAAGGGACUCUUUUCUCCCCAACCCCAUGGUCGUCAGGAGAGCAAGUCUCGUCUUCAUUCUCCCCUGCGGUAGAGAAUCCACCAAGGAGGCGACGAACCCCCCUCCCCCCCCCUACCC